UAUGAGAUCAUACAAAUUUAAUUUUAAAACAUUAGAGUAAAUCAAAAUAAAUAAAUAAUCAUCUCAAACUUUGACUAUAGUUCUUGAAUCUUCACUGUAACAGAAAUGUGGUUUCUUGGUUGGAAAGGACCAUCCGGAUUCUCAGCUUCAUCAACUGCCGAACAAGUCACUCAUGGAAUUCAUGAAACCACUCUCACUGCAAUCAUCACAGGUGCAUCAAGUGGUCUUGGAUUGGAAACAACUAGGGUUCUUGCUUUGCGUGGUGUUCAUGUUGUUAUGGCAGUGAGGAAUGUGAAAAAUGGAUUGAGUAUUAAAGAAACAUUACUUGAGGAAAUUCCUACCGCUAAAAUUGAUGUUUUUGAGUUAGAUCUUAGCUCUUUAGCAUCUGUUAGGAAAUUUGCAGCAGAUUUUAAUUCCUCUGGUCUUCCACUCAAUAUUCUAAUUAACAAUGCAGGGGUGAUGGCUACUCCAUUCUUGCUUUCUCAAGACAAUAUUGAAUUGCAGUUUGCAACCAAUCAUUUAGGCCAUUUUCUGCUUACAAACCUUUUAUUAGAGACUAUGAAAAAAACUGUAAAGGAAUGCAACCGGGAAGGAAGGAUAGUUAUUGUAUCAUCAGAGGCUCACAGAUUUGCAUAUAGUGAAGGGAUUCGUUUUGAUAAGAUCAACAAUGAAUCAGAAUACAGCAGUUAUUUUGCUUAUGGACAAUCGAAGCUUGCGAAUAUUUUGCAUGCCAAUGAGCUUGCAAGGCGCUUGAAGGAAGAAGGAGUGCAAAUAACAGUUAACUCCCUUCAUCCUGGUACAAUUGUUACAAAUAUUCUGCGGCAUCAUGGUUAUUUUAAUGCCGUUGCUAAUAUGGUGGGCAAGUACUUCCUUAAAAAUGUGCAACAGGGAGCUGCAACUCAAUGUUACCUUGCAUUACAUCCACGAGUAAAUGGAAUAUCUGGCGAGUACUUUGCGGAUAGCAAUAAGGCAAGCCCGACCACUUUAGCUAAAGAUAAAGAGUUGGCGCAAAAACUAUGGGAAUUAAGUGUAAGUUUGUCUAAUACAAAGUAGCUUUGAGGUUUGUUUAACUCGAGUCUUGCCACUCUAAGCUAGAGCAAACUUCAUAUGUGCAAACAACUAUGUGUUGGAAAAAGCUUUUCAGAGAUUUAGAAAUAUGUAGUGAUAAAAACUUACAUCUUGAAGCUUUUGUAAUAUAUAAGUUGUUUCAGACUUAAUUCAUUGCAGUAUUUCAUUGUAUUGUAUAAUAUUAGAGUUGACGAGCACAAACUAUGUGCGUUUUUAUUUUAAAAUUUUGGUUCACUCAAAAGAUGCAGUUAUCAACUAUUCAGCUGUGAUUGAGUUUGUAACCAUCUUUUACAAUGGACAUUUGUAUCUGUAUUGGCACUACAUAUUUGUAUCUGUAUUGGCACUACUACCCUUUGCGGCUAUAACGGAAAAUACAAAACAGCGCAAAGUUGGUAAUGUACAUUUGCCUAAAUCUAAUUAAAUAAAUUAAAUUAAAUCUA